UCGUCCCCCAAUCUCAUCUCUCCUCUCUAUUGGGAAAAUAACAACAGAGGCCUCCAAUCAUGAAUCACUCAACUUUUCACAUCCAGAAACCCUCAUCACAGAAACCUCAAAAACACACAACCAAGAGACUCACUGAGGAUCAAGUGAGAUUGUUGGAGUCGAGUUUUGACUCCAGCAAAAAACUUGAGCCAGAGCGAAAGCACCAGCUUUCGCGUCAGCUUGGAGUCCCUCCAAGACAAAUUGCAAUUUGGUAUCAAAACAAACGGGCCCGCUGGAAGAACCAAAGUCUGGAGCAUGACUACACCAUACUCCAGCUCCAGCUGGAGGCCACGUUAGCUGAAACCAGACACCUUCAAAAAGAAGUGGAACAACUCAAAUUUGAGCUUAAUAAGGUACAAGCAGAACAAACACGGCAACAUAAGUAUUAUGACAACAGUACUCAUCGACCUCUAAUGGAUUCUUCCUACUCUAAAUGUGGCGAGGAAGUUGGAAGCUCGUCGAGAAGCUUGGACGAUGAUGUCAACAAUUUGUAUUGCUAUGGGCAACAAGUUUAUGAAGUUGAAGAGAUGUAUGCUACUGCUUGUAUGAUGGGUUCUGAUCUUGGACUUUUCGGGCCAAAGAAGAACCUGUUUUAGAGAUUUAAUUUUCAUGGUUUAAUUACCAAAGUAGUAGUGUUUUACCGCAUUAUUCUAAUCUUGUAUGAAAACUAAUAAUACGAGUAGUACGUAGGACCAUCGUAUAAAAAUAUGUACUAUCUUACAUAUAGUCUUACAGCAUUAUUCACGUUGAAUA